CACACAACCACACCUCUGUAAGCUAGGCUACGGUGCUGAGAGGAGCUCAGAACGGUUUACAGAGCAAGAACUUCAGCAACUUUUACAGAGAUCUCCAAGUGCCAAAGAAGACUCAGUCUUGGACUACUUUCCUAGCAAGGACUAUCUACCAAACACUUGACAAUGAGCAGUGACAAGCAGGUCGUUUUGGACGUGGACCUGGCCCAGGUGACGGUCAGCAGGGAGAAGGCUCCUUCAGCGUGGUCAGGCAGGUGGAGGCUGGUCAUGGCUCUUCUGGCUGUGGGUCUAUGCACUGCUGCUGCUGUCUUCUUUACAUUUGACAAGACGCAAAACAAACCAGACGAAACUGACGAUAUCGGACUCACUCUAAGGCAAGUGUCCACCAGUGCAAAAGCUGCCAUUCAUUUAUUAGGCAGAUACAACAAGAACUACAUGCACUCUGUGGAAUGGCAGGACAAAGAUGGCCAGUCGUUCAAAACAGGAGGCCUGAAGCUGCAGAACAACAAUAUCCACAUCCCACAUGAUGGCCUCUACUUCGUCUACAGCCAGGCGUCCUACAGGGUCAGCUGCAGCUCGGACGCCGAUGGAAGUGACGAGGGGGCCAUGGUCCAGCUCAGCCACAUGGUCCAGCGAUGGUCCGACUCAUACGACGGCAGCAAGCCUCUGCUGAGCGCCGUGCGGACGGCCUGCAAGAAAGCCCCCAUGCAGUCUGAAGAGGACGACGGGGAGACGUGGUUCAGUGCCAUUUACCUGGGGGCCGUCUUCAAGCUGCAGGCCGGAGACCGUCUCUACACCACGAUGAUGGAUAAGAUGCUGCCGCAGGUGGAGACCGAACAAGGGACGACGUUUUUCGGUGUGUUUGCCUUGUGAGAUCGAACCGGUUUGGGCUGAAGAAGGGCGUGAAAAGAUGAAGUGCCAGUCAGCGAUUGCUGUCUAGUGGACUGAACUUUCCACUCAUGAUCUGUCACAGUGUUUCCCAUCUCCUUUAAUUACUGUACUAUUUGGGAACAGAUACAAUUGUUUUAUGUUAAAACAGGUAAACACCAUGUAAGCUCAAGGACGAGCUGCUGAACAGCCUGUAACUGACAGCAAAACUACAUCAAACUACAGCUGUUGAUUUUGAAGUUUUUUUCUUAUGUAUUUAUUUGUGAUAUUUAUUGCAUAUUUAUU